AUGGCGGCAGCUGGUCACAUCCGUCUUGGCUCUGCCUCCCCCGGCACCGCAUCUUCCACGGCAGAGACAAUAGCCCUCAUCGACACCCUCGCACAGCGCGCCGCAUCCGAGCACAUUGACAUUCUCCUCCUUCCUGAGGCCUUCAUAGGCGGCUAUCCUCGAGGCAGCUAUUUCGGCUGUAGAAUCGGCGAUCGCAGCGCCGCUGGUCGCGACGAGUUUGCUCGCUACUUUGACCAGGCCAUUGACCUGGGCGAUACCGUGGGACCAGGUGGUGGCGGCGCGGGCAUCAAAUGGGUCAAGAGGCAGAUUGGCGAGGAAGAUGAAGUUCGUGGUGAUGGUUCGCGCGAGGAAUUAGAGCGCAUUGCCAGGGAUACAGGUGUCUUUGUAGUCGUGGGAUGCAUCGAGAAAACGGGUGGUAGCCUGUACUGCUCUGUUGUAUAUGUUUGUCCCAAUGAGGGUAUGCUAGGAAAGCGUCGCAAAGUCCUCCCCACCGGCACUGAACGUCUCAUCUGGGCACAAGGCUCACCGAGCACCCUCCGCGCCGUGACAACCGUCAUUCGAGGCAUUCGCAUCAAUCUCGCCGCUGCCAUCUGCUGGGAGAGCUACAUGCCCCUUCUCCGACAGAGUCUCUACUCUCAAAAUAUCAACCUGUAUCUUGCCCCCACGGCUGACUUUCGCGAUGCCUGGCUGGGUCUUGCGCGCACUAUCGGUGUUGAGGGCCGUUGUUUCGUUGUCUGCAGCAACAUGUGCGUUCCCAAAGAUGCGUCCGCUGAGACGAAUGGUAACGGCAACGGUCCCGUCGUGCGAGAACGUCGUGGCUCGUGUCUCACGGAAGAGGGUUUUGAAAUCGCCCUUCCCAAAUCCCCCACUCGUCAACGCCGUCGUAGAAAGUCUGUCUUUGACGAAGAUGGAAAUGAGAUUGUUCUCGGAUGCGAAGACGACGGCGAAGCUCCUCCUCCUCCUCCUGCUACACGACCACAAGUCGCCGCUCCAAAGACAUCAGAGAGUAUCUUUGACAAAUCUGACUACAUCUCGCCUGGUGGCUCGUCAAUCGUAUCGCCGUUCGGAGAUGUCCUUGCUGGACCUCAGUGGGGUGACUCUGACGGUUUGAUCUUUGCUGAUGUGGAUUUCCGCGAUUGUAUCAGAGGUCGUUUGGAUCUUGACACUGCGGGAAGUUACUCUCGAAAUGAUGCAUUCCGUUUCAGCGUUGAAGGGUUGAAUCUGGAUCCUCUGCCUUACUGA